AAAUGUACGAUAGAUGAUUGUUUACUAAUAUCAUUGAUUGAAAAUUAUAUUUUUUUUAGGAACAUCUAUUGCCUACGAAAUAUCAAGAUACUGCUAAGAUUAUGAAUGAAGCAGAUAAUGAUGUAAAAACCCAGGGAAAAACCGGUAAGGGCAAAAAACGAAAACGCAAAGCAUUCAAAAAAAUCAAUCGAAACAUUCAAGUGCCCGGUGAUCCGUUUUUAAACUUUGAGAAAGCUGAUCCCCAGAAAAUAGUCAAAGACAAUAUGGCAAGUAUAAAAUCUAAUGAAACCCUUGUAUUUCAUAAUGAAGUGCUUAAAACAGAUGCAGCUAGUAGUAGUGACAAGGUUGCACCUCAUAAUAGUAACGAUAAUGUCCCAAUGAAUAAGAGAGGACUUAAAAAUAAAGAUAUUCUUAAAGCAAAUGCGAAUGAGAAACCAAAUGUUCAAGUGAAGGUGGCACAGAAAAAUGUCCAAGGAACAAUUAAUACAAUUGAACCGAGACAGAGGGGGUAUCCAAUAAAAAAGGAAAGAAUUGGUGAAGUAUCAAGAAACAUUCAUACAAUCUUGGAUCAUACUGCUAAAACUCAACAGCAAGGAGCAUCAAAAACUCCAGAACUAACUAGCGAUAUUUAUAGUUCUGAUUUUGUUGCACCUGUUCAACCAGUUCAGUCAUUACCAAGAGGUAUACCAAUGUCAUUUUUAGCUCGUCAGAAUAUAGGAGCUAUCAGACCACAACAAGUACCACACCAAAUGCAAAUGCAACCUGUUAUGGCACAAAUCCAGAAUGCCAAUCCAUACAACACAAUGGCCAACACAUAUGCCCCAGGUCAUCUACCGAAUCCAUACCCAUACUAUCCAAGUGGAGAAAUGUUUGUAAAUUUGGAGGACACCAAUGUUCCCAAAGAGCAAUAUUCACCAACUGAAGCGUAUGAUGAAGUUAUUGAAGAAGUGCGUCCAGCUUCAGAAUCUCCAGAUGCUUUAGAAAACAAACAGAAGCGUUUGAGCGCAUUUCAAAGAUUGGGACCGCAAACGCAACCCAAGAAACCCAAGUUAACUAUAAAUUUAUGCCUCAAUAGAGACCAGGAAACAAGGGAAGAUGUUCUUACGCCAAAUAGAGAGGUUAUAGAAAUCGCCAAGUCCAUACCAGUGCACGAGAGAGAGGAUAUAAUAAAUAGUACAGAUGCUACGGUAGUCAAACAUCGUGAUCAGUGGCCAUGGAAGAAAACGAUUCUAACAAAACGCAGUGUCACUGCUAGAUCUUCUAAGACUGUAAUGAUGAUGGAAAAGGAACAGAUUGAGGAGGAUUAUAGUAACAAUGUCGCAUUUAUCAUAGUUGCGGUUAAAGGAUACCCGCCUUCGUGGACAAAGGAAAACGUCAUUGACACGCUGCUAGAAAACAUAAAGGGAUCUAGUUUCAUUCCAUGUUUCAUCGAGUUUACACAAGAACAAUGCAAAUUCCUCGUAAACAGAUGUCGCCCGGCGUUACUUGCGCUACACCAUCUAGGUUUCUCGAUACGUAAAGGCGAUGUUGAACUUAUGAUCACAAUAACUGUGACUUUGUUGAAUACUAAACAAUUGAGCUUUAUACCUAGAUUGGUUUUGAGGAACAGACUGGAUAUGUGCAUUGAGGAUGGGAAAGGGAAUCUCUCGGGAUUCACUCUGAGUGAAGAUGUGAGCCACUUUAUUUACUUUCCACUGAACCGUCUCUCGAAUCAACGGGAACUGAUGGAUCUACUGCAGUUUAAGGAUUGGAAUAAUCUUCAAGAAUUGGACCUUUCGUACAAUAGAUUAACAUCCCUACAAGGAUUCGAUCUUCUCCACAACACACCUCAUCUUAAACACCUGAACGUAUCGUAUAACCAUUUUGAAACGAUAAAAGUGCUGAUGCCGUGCCGCGAUUUGACGUUACGGUCUCUGGUUUUGGAGGGCAACCCCAUGUGUCUGAACUAUGUGGACGGAGACUAUUAUGUUAAAGUUGCCAGGACUAUGUUCCCCAGUUUGAGGGUAUUGGAUGGCGUGCCAAUAACAUUGAAAGGCGACAUACCAAGUUUCAAGCGGAACUAUUGUCCGAAAGAUGCGAAACCCAUCGCGGAGAGGUUCCUGGGCGUAUUCUUUAGAUUGUUGGACAAGGAACCGGAAGACCGGGUGGAGUUAAUGCAUUUGUAUCAUAAAAAUGCAGCGUUGAGCAUAACGUGCAAGCGGAAGUUGCGUUACGACCAAGACUUGAAAGAUAUACGCAACUUAUUCCUGAGAGUGAGUAGUCUGGAAGAAGACAAAAUUGACAUAAUCGAGGGGCCGGAUAAAAUAGUCAAACUGUACAAAAAGUGGCCGAAUAUACAACACGACCCCACAUCGUUCACAUUGGAUGUAUUGCAGCACGAUGAAAACACAACUCUUCUUAGAAUUGGGGGUAUUUUGAGACUAACAUCCACGUCUCUGGCGGAAGAUGAACAUCUUAUAGCAUUCACUAGAACUGUUCUUCUAGUGAACAGUAAUGGUGUAGAGUAUAAGAUUGGUCACGAAAUGUUGUUUUGGGAUGAGCCCACUAAAGAAUACGCGAGAUCCGCUUUUAAGAAAGCUUUGGUCCAAAACAAAAUAAGCUUAAAUUUUGAUACUCCCCUUGAUGACGAAACCAAAGAGAGUCUUAUUAAUAUUUUCAUGAAAUUGACUGAAUUGAAGUGGGAACAUAGUAAAAAGUGCUUAGAAGAAAAAAAUUGGGACUUAAAGAAUGCUUUAGACUACUUCAUGAAGUUAUUGAAGCUAGAUAAUAUAGCAAUUUUAAAAGUAUAAUAAUACAUGAAUAUGUGUAAAUUGACGGAAAAUACAUUCACUACAGUUGGUUUAUUCGAAUAUAAGAUAAUAAAGUGA